AACUGAGAAAGAAAAGAAGAGAGGUGUCAUGACUGGUAGUAACGAAGACAACCUCAAUGAAUCCAAGAGAGUUGUUCCACUCAAUACAUGGGUACUCAUCUCCAAUUUCAAGCUUUCCUACAAUCUCCUCCGCCGCUCUGACGGAACAUUCAACCGUGAGCUGGCGGAGUUCCUUGACCGCAAAGUCCCUGCAAACACCAUCCCAGUUGACGGUGUCUUCUCCUUUGAUCAUGUCGACAGAAGCACCGGCCUACUCAACCGGGUUUACCAAAUGGCCCCGGCAAACUAUGCUCAAUGGGACAUUGCGAAUCUUGAGAAACCCUUGAGUACCACUGAGAUUGUGCCUGUCAUAAUCUUCUUCCAUGGUGGAAGCUUCACUCACUCCUCGGCCAACAGUGCUAUCUACGACACUUUCUGCCGCCGCCUUGUGAAAACCUGCAAGGCUGCUGCGGUGUCUGUAGACUACCGCAGAUCACCUGAACAUCGCUAUCCUUGUGCUUAUGAAGAUGGCUGUGCAGCUCUCAAGUGGGUUAAGUCAAGAACAUGGCUGCAGAGUGGGAAGGAUUCUAAGGUUUAUGUCUACUUGGCUGGAGAUAGUUCUGGUGGCAACAUUGUACACCAUGUUGCUGUGAGGGCAGCUGAGGCUGAAGUUGAGGUUUUGGGGAACAUUCUUGUUCAUCCAAUGUUUGGUGGCCAAAUGAGGACUGAAUCUGAGGUUAAACUAGAUGGGAAGUACUUUGUAACUGUUCAAGACCGUGAUUGGUACUGGCGAGCAUUUCUACCUGAAGGAGAAGAUAGAGACCACCCUGCAUGUAACACAUUUGGCCCCAGAGAUAAGGGGAUUCAAGGGCUCAAGUUCCCCAAAAGUCUUGUUGUUGUGGCUGGUUUGGACCUUAUGCAAGAUUGGCAAUUGGCUUAUGUUGAAGGGCUCAGGAUUUCAGGGCAGGAGGUGAAGCUCGUUUUCCUCAAGGAGGCGACAAUUGGGUUCUACUUCCUGCCUAACAAUAAGCAUUUCUGUCGUCUAAUGGAGGAGAUAAGCAACUUCGUCAAACCUGACUGCUGUUAAUUGCCUCUACUCUCCACUUAACUUAAUCAUCCAUACAUGGCAAAAAAGCUUGACUUUUUACCAUAAUUUGCAGUGAUCAUCAUCGGUAUGUAGUUGUAAGAGUAUCCCAUCUAGUAUUACUAACUAUUUAUUCUGGGUAACUUAGGAGUUCUGGAGAUAGUCCAUUCACUCCAUUGUCGUUGUCUCCAUGUCCUCGGAGUUGCAGUUGCGUAUAUGCAUCGCUUGAGAAGACCAUCUUCGGCCAGCAGCUCAGGAGCAUCAGAACUCGUUUAUGCUAUUUCGGGGGAAGAUAUAUCCACCAUUGAUAAAAGCUGCUUAUCCUCGAGGGUAAUGCUUGGUGG